CCUUUCCGGUGAUAACAGAUUAUUUCUCUCCGUGUUUCUCUACAUGUUUUGAGGAAGUUUAUCGGUCUUCGUUCUACACACGAGGGUUGAUUAUCACUUUUAAACUCGUAAUUCUUUUUUAUCUCAGUCGUUCGUGUCAAUCAGGAAGGCACUCGGGAUUAUCUCAAGCCACAUGUCACCACAUGUUACAGAGAUUCUUCUUAUUUUACAGUAGUGAACGGUGAGACUGUAGUCUCUGCUCCAGUUACAGUAAAUUAUCCUUUUCUGUGCUAUAAGUUGCAAUACAAGAUUUACACAACACCGGAUUUAUCGUCACAUCAGUAAUCACAUCAGUAUCGUAAACAUAGAAAUUCCUAAGCGUCCAACUCAAUUUUGAUCACGAAGUUAGGUGCGUGUCAAAAAAUAUUUUUCAGCAUUCUAUUACGAGCUUGGAGAGGUGAAUCAUUUCGAGAAAAAUGCUGCCCAGCAAGGACGACUCAGUGGAGAGAAAAAUCGGGAAACUUUCAGAGGAUGAAUUUCGGCAAUUGAAGCAAAGGCAGCAGUUGCAAGUUACGUCAAAAGAACUUCAAGAGCUUGAGCAAAAACUGAGAACGGCAUAUAUGUACAAAGAACUCGAGGCUCAAAUCGAGGAGCGGAAACUUAACAAGUUACAAGAGAAGUUGCAGGAAGAGUUGUCACAUAAAGUAACUGCUGCGAUUAUCAAAAGUGGAGAGCUGAUGGAAGAGGAGAAAGCUCGUGAAGCAGCCAAGAAGAAAGAGAUUUACAGGAAGUGCUUAGAAAACCAAAUUUACUUGAACGCUGUGCGAAGGGAAGAUGCUUUCAGACAAUUUUUACGGGAGAAACAAAUUAUUGAUGACAUAGCUCGGGCUCUCAGAGAAGAAGAGUUGCGAGCUCAAGAAGCUAAGCUUAGAUUGAAGCAACUGACAAAGGAAUCAAUUGAACGUUUCCUGAAAGCGCGAGAAUUAUGGAAACUUCGUGAAAAAGAAGCACAAGAAGAAGAAGACAGGCGCAUUCGCAAGUACCUGGCGGAAGAACAAAAUUUAGAGGAGAAAAGAAAGAGAGCCAUACAGGAAAAAGUUGAAAAGCAGGCCAAAAUUCAAGACUUAGCUGCUCAAAAAAUUAAAGAAACGAAGACUGAUGACGAUGAAAGAGCAGAAAUUAUUGCUGAGUUGAUUCAAGAAGAAAAACGACAAGCACUGGAAGAGAGGCAUCGAAUGGAGAUAGAAAAUAAGAUGCGGCAGAGAAUGGAUUUCGUCAAAUCAUUGGAAAAACAGCGGCAAGAGGAAGAGCAGAAAAGAAAAGAGGAGAGAGAAAAAGACGCUCUCUUUGCCCAACAGAUGAUGGAUAAAAUGGCGGAAGAAGACAAGCUAGAGCAAAUGUCUAAUGAAAAGCGCAGACAGAAACAAAUAGCUCACCGUCGUAUCAUUCAGGAACUGAUCGAGGCCAAGAAACAGAAACGGGAAGAGGAGCGAAAGCAAAUGGCCUGGUUUGAGCAGCUCCAACUUGAAAAGGAACAAGAAAGGUGCAGACUAAUAGAAGAAGAAAGGCGCAGAUUGCUGCAAGAACAUGCGGCAAAUUUAAUAGGGUACUUACCGCGAGGCUUGCUCAGGGAAGAUGAUUUUUCAUACCUUGGGGAAGAAUUCAGAAGAGAUUUCCUCAGAUCAACAAACAAAGAAAAUUACUGAAGCAGUUGUUUCCAUUUCUCCUGCUGCAAAUUUUUUUGAAGCUCGAGAUGAUCGAAAACUAUAAACACAAUGCAGGAGCGAGAAGGGGCAGAAAACCAAGAAACAGAUAAUGCUCAACCAAUGACUUUCCAAGAAAAGCAGCGCCUUAGUUUCAACAUAAACAGAUUAGCAGG